GUCCGAAAUCCACAGAAUACUGGAGCACUUAUACCUUUCAUUGGCCUUACCGACAGCCGUAAACUCAACAGAACUUGCUGCGUGAAUGGAGGAACAUGUGUCUUAGGAAGUUUCUGUGUCUGUCCAAGGCAUUUCACUGGAAGAUAUUGUGAAUUUGAUGAAAGGAAAAAGAACUGUGGCGCCAAAAUCAAACAUGGAGACUGGGUGUGGCGGGACUGCAGGCUGUGUCGUUGUACAUAUGGCUUAUUGCACUGCCUGGCAGAAGCAUUGCAAGAUAAUUGUGAUCCUACGAGCAAUGAAGAUGGGCUAGAAUCAUGUGGAACAAUGUUGCAUCCAUUGACAUUCAUCAUAUUCACUAUGUUUAUUGGAAGCUACUUUGGAUUUUGCCACUGAUAUGAAAACCCAUAUGACUUUUAUGAACAUACAUAUUUAUAAUGUGCUUAGUCUUUAUUGACAUUCCAACUUUUUUAUUAAGAUCUACCAGAGAAUUGAACAUUUGCCAAGGCUUUCUUGGUUCUAAUAAUUGAUCUAUACAAUGCAUAAAACGUAUGCUCUAAUGACCAUUAUCUCUAAAUACAUCUUCAAUAGCUGUUCCUCCCGACCCUCCCAUACACAUGCACAGUUGACUUGCAUGUGUUGUCCAUAGGAAAAGCUACGUAAAGCUGCUUCCAGACACCUUUGGCAGUGGCUUAUCUCCUCUGAGAACAAAAAAGAUCUGACUUUGAGACUCAACAUGCCUAAUCCUUCUUACUCCAAACAUCUUCUGUUGAGUUAUAGUCGGGAGGCCUUGAUGCACGUAAGCUAGUUGGCUGGCCCUGUUAACUUUUCUCUUAGGCUUGUUUCAUAUUUGCGUUUACUGUAUCUGGAAAGCUGUACCAGCAGGGGAGCAGCCUUAUGGAGAUGUCCGGAUCCAGCACUGCUGGAAGCUACCAGACACCCAUUCAGCUGCAACCGGGCAAACAUGUCACGAAGAGGCCAGUUGAAAACCGCUGAGCGGUUCUCUGCUGGAAUGUUCUCUGCCAAAGCAGCCUGCUGGAUCUCUUAAACACAAAUGUGAAACAGACCUUAUGUGUAUGGGGGCCUUUGAUCAGUAGUUUGUACAUGAUAAUUGGAUAGGGCUCAGUUCAUGUGUAGUUACUAAGGGGGUAAGACAAUAUUUACCUAAGUUUAUAUAAUUGGGGGAAAUUUAUCAUAACUGGUGUAAAGAAAAACUAGCUU